CCCGACCAGCGAAUGGCCCUCGCGCACCGCCCACCUCCCGUCUCUUCCUCGUUGAGUACGCCUCCGCCCCUCUCCCUUGCUGUCGUCGACGGCGCCCGCCUCUCGAUGCUGCUCCCCCUCCGCCCCGCCCCCGCCCUAAACCUUAUGCGGACGUCGCCGCCACCUUCUCUCGCGUCGCAGACACUCUCUCCUUCUCUCGAUUCACGGCCACCCUCAUCCUCUUGUGCCAAGCAAGGCUAUCCUAAAAAUGGCGGCUUUGAUCUCUCGCGGUGCCGGUGUUGGCGGCACAGCGUAGCUCCAGUCUUCGUGGUGGCUGAUGAAGAUCCAAUCGCCGUGCUUCUGCUGCUGGCGGCGCGGCGGAGUUCGAAUCAAGUGGUGGCGUUGGAUCCGGCGCGGACUUGAGCUAAAAAUGGGCAUUUUGCUCGAUGGCGGUACAUCUCUUCUGCAGGGAGCAAUCGGAGAUGUCGGGCACCAGGGCGGGCGACGGCAGGCCGCAUCAACAUCAAGGUCAAGGGACAGGUCUGCGGCAGUUGGGGGACUUGGUCAUUUCUGUCGAGACAUCCUGGCGGCAAGCAGAAGAAAGAGGGCCUACACUUCUUGAUGAGAUGAGAAUUCUCAUGAUUGGAGGACCUACCAAAUGGAGACAUUGCAAUGUGUUACAGAAUCCAGGAUGCUCCAGCUGCUACUCUGCUUCAUCCUGCUCUGCUUCAUCAACGCGGACAAUGGCGAGGGACGGCUCCGGCAGUUGAGGCGACAGCGAUCGACCUUGCGUCCAUGCCUUCUCGUCGAGAAGAAAGACGGCGGGAGAAGGUUGCAGGGUGCAGGCCGGAGGGACGGCUACAGGGUGGGAGGAGAAGCUUGCCCGGCGGUGCCGGCCUCCUCGAGGCGGACGCAUGGGCGCAGGAGGUGAGCGGCGACCAGCGGCGAGAAGCGAGCUCGGCGGAGUGGCCUGCGGGAGAAGGCUGCAGGCGCGGCCGCCGGGGAGGAAUGAGCUAGCCCGGCAGCGCCGCCCUCCUCGAGGCGGACCCAUGGACGCAGGAGGCGAGCAGCGACCGCCAGCGAGAGGCGAGCUUGGUGGAGUGGCCUGCGGGAGAAGGCUGCAGGCGUGGCCGUCAAGGAGGGAUGAGAUACUGGCCCAGCGGCGCCGCCCUCCUUGAGGCGGAACCAUGCGCGACGCGAACUUCGGCGGCGCGAUCUCCGGCGGAACCAUGCGCGGCGCGAUCUCCAGGGAGGCUGGCGGCGUGAUCUCCGGCGGAACCAUGGCGAGAGGCGAUCUCCAGGGAGGCUGGCGGCAGCGCGAGCUCUACGUAGGCCGGCGGCGACAGUCAAAAGUUCGAUGGAGGC